AUGCAGUGCAAGGGAUUAGAGGGCGAAGACGGUUUUUACUCGCUGCGCGAUAAGACAAUACAGAACGAGCACGUGGACUUCUCUCAGUUUAGAGGAAGCGUGUGCCUAGUGGUGAACACAGCAUGCAAGUGCAAGCUGGCUGAGCUUGGAUUUAACAUAAUAAAAAGGCUUCGAGAAGAGUAUCCAGAGCUAAAGAUCCUCCUGUAUCCCACCGCCUUCAAUCGGUUUGUUGACCAAGAAAUGAAGACUCCCGCGGAGAUACUCGAAGAAAUACGCAAGCGUGGGGUGGUCCCGUCAAAUAACACGCUGGUGUUUGAGAAAAGAGUGCUGAACAGCGGAGAGGGCCUUUUCCACUGGCUAACCACAAAGAGCAUGGGUAGCGGGUUCUUUAAAAUAAAGGCACUGAAGUGGAACUUUACGAUGUUUGUGGUAGGAAAAGAUGCAGCCAAAGUGGUGCGGCACGACCCGAUGUCUCUGGAGUAUGCAGGCGUGUCUGAAAGCGUGCGGGCCCUCAUGAACGAAUAA